GACCCAACCCUACCACGCAACACUCAUUUCCUUCCCAAUUUCCAUUCGAAUUCCAACUUGUCAUUCUUUCCAAUUUCCAAAACAGUCGCCAACAGAUUCUUCGAUUGGAUUAAACUAAGAUUCCAAUUACUGUUAAUUAAGUCGUUCUUAGUUCUUACUCACAUCGAAUCGAAAAAGUAAGUUGGGUUCAGGUGUGGGUUGAAUGGGUAUUGCAGCUGCUGCUGUGGUUGUGCCAUUUGGCCUCCUCUUCUUCACUUCAGGCCUCGCUGUUAAUCUCAUUCAGGCAGUAUCUUAUGUUCUUGUACGGCCUCUGUCAAAGAAUCUGCACAGGCGGAUCAACCGUGUAGUUGCAGAAUUGUUGUGGCUGGAACUUGUAUGGCUUAUUGAUUGGUGGGCUGGUGUUAAGGUUGAAGUAUUCACAGAUCAUGAAACGUUCCAAUUGAUGGGUAAAGAGCAUGCCCUUGUCAUAUGCAAUCACAGAAGCGAUAUUGAUUGGCUUGUUGGAUGGGUUUUAGCUCAGCGCUCAGGUUGCCUUGGCAGUACUUUAGCUGUGAUGAAGAAAUCUUCAAAGUUUCUGCCGGUCAUUGGUUGGUCAAUGUGGUUUUCUGAGUAUCUUUUCCUAGAGAGAAGCUGGGCCAAGGAUGAAAGCACAUUAAAGUCAGGCAUCCAGCGACUGAGCGAUUUUCCUCUUCCGUUUUGGUUGGCUCUCUUUGUAGAAGGAACACGCUUCACACAAGCUAAACUAUUAGCUGCUCAAGAAUAUGCAGCCUCUGCUGGAUUGCCUAUUCCUAGAAAUGUUUUGAUUCCUAGAACUAAGGGAUUUGUUUCAGCAGUAAGUCACAUGCGCUCAUUUGUUCCUGCCAUUUAUGACGUAACAGUGGCUAUCCCCAAGUGUUCACCCACCCCUACAAUGCUUAGACUCUUAAAAGGGCAACCCUCAGUGGUGCAAGUUCACAUCAAGCGCCAUUUGAUGAAUGAAUUGCCAGAAACAGAUGAAGCUGUUGCUCAAUGGUGUCGAGAUGUAUUUGUUGCCAAGGAUGCAUUAUUAGACAAACAUAUAGCUGAAGAUACUUUUAGUGAUAAAGAGCUGCAGGAUACUGGUCGGCCAAAAAAAUCUCUUCUGGUAACCAUAUCUUGGUCUGGUCUGAUUGUUACGGGAGCCGUCAAGUUUCUCCGAUGGACUUCGCUACUAUCAUCCUGGAAGGGUAUUGCAAUUUCAACUGCUAGUUUGGCAGUCGUUACUGGCCUCAUGCAAAUCUUGAUUAUGUUCUCACAGUCGGAGCGUUCAACGCCAGCCAAGGUCCUCCCUGCAAAGCCAAAGAGCACAGGGGAACAAGUGGAGGAUAAGAAUGUCAAACAACAGUAGAUUUUGGUGAACAUACAUAGGGAAUUCGUCUCUCUCUUUUGGUGUGCUUAACCUGCAUCUGUUUGUGUCUUGGGAGGGACUCGCGUAAUGCUCAUUGGUUUUGCUUUUGAUAUCUACCCCAUAUUAUGUGUUCAAUUCUUCUAUGUACUAUGGUGUAUGCAUAUUGAUUUAUUGUUUAUUAGGAUAAACUUUGUAUUGACCAUAUAUCAUGACCUCUGUAGGUUCUCUCUAUCCUAUUAUUUUAGACCA